UUAUGAUAUAUAGAGCGUGAAAUGUUUGUGUAUUGAAAACACCUUGUGAUUUUUACAUCAGUUAAAGCGGAUUUUUCAAGACUUGUGAAUAAUUGAAGGCAUUGCAGUUUCUAUUCAAGAACUGUACACAUGUGCUUUAUAAAAAUUAUUUAAGUUAUUCUUGAAGUUAGUGAGAUAGAGAAAUAGGGGUGAAAAAAUUGAAAUUUGACAAAAAUGGAUGAAACGGAUUACAGCACCAUUACAACAAUACUGAUUUUCUUAAUAACAUUUUUGUUAGCUUAUUCUAACACAAGACGACAAAAAAGGGUGCCGCCUGGACCUGCCUUGUUUCCUAUUAUCGGAAAUCUCCCAUCGUUGGCUACGGAAGAUACGUUGGGCAGAUUAAAUGAACUACGAAAAAAGUAUGGUGACGUUUUUGGACUAUACACCGGAAGUAAACUUCUCGUGUUUCUAAAUGGUUAUGAUGUAAUUCAUGACGCGCUGAUAAAGAAAGGAUCCAAAUUUAUGUUCAGAGCUCUGCCAAGUUUCGACCAAGAAGAAGAUAUACAUACAAAAGGGUUAAUAUUUACGAAAGGGACAAAAUGGAAGGAAGGUAGAAGUUUUACAUUAGCAGUAUUACAAGAAAUCUGUUAUAAUGAUAAAGGUUUUGUAGAACAUUUAGUAGAUUACGAGGUGAAUGACUUGACAGAAACAAUUCUUAAAUUUGAUGAGCCAUUUGAUAUAGAACGCUACUUGAACUCAAGCGUUCAAAAUGUGAUAUUUCAAGUCGUGUACGGACAUCGUUUUGAUCUAAAUGAUGAAGGCCUGCAUUGGUUUCAGAAAUUUGUCCGCACCAGUUCAGAAGAAUUUUUGAAAAGGGAGGUAAUUCUAAAUUGUCUCCCAUUCUUACAAAAUCUACCGGGAGAUCUUUUAAGAAUUCAAAAAACUAGGGAUUCAUUCGCAACAGCUAAGGAAUUUUUGACAAAGUUUAUCGAAGAUUUGAAGAAACAGAGUAGAAACACGCAAAGAACAACUUAUGUUGAAUGCUACUUAGAUAGAAUUGCUGCUAACGAAAGUAGAGGAAUAGAAAGUACUUUCGAUGAAGAAGAUUUAAAGAUAGCGGCAUAUCAUCUCGGUGUGGCAGGGUUUGAAACCACCGCUGUCACAAUUAGAUGGAUACUCCUACACCUAAUAAGGAAUCCUCACAUACAGGAUAAAUUGAACGCGGAGGUAGAAGCUGUGCUUGGAAAGGAGCCUCCGUCAAUUGAAGAUAGGAAACGAAUGCCGUACAUGCAAGCGGUAAUGUUGGAAGGACUCCGAAUUUCUCACGUGGUACCGCUAUCAAUGCCGCACACUGUUGAACAAGAUACCUUAUUCCGGGGAUACCUUAUUCCAGAGAAUUGCACAGUUUUGCCAGUUCUCAGCACCGCUUUAAAGGAUCCGGAUGUUUGGAAGGACCCUGAAGAAUUUAUACCGGAAAGAUUUCUGAACGCGGAAGGAAAUGACGUCAUAGUUCCAAAAGAGUUCAUCCCAUUUUCAUUAGGACCGAGGUCAUGUUUAGGGGAGACGUUAGCAACAAUUGAAAUAUUUCUGUUUUUGACAGGACUUGUUCAAAAGUUGAGAUUUUUACCGGAAAAGGAAGGCGUUGUCCCGGACCAAAAAGGAAAACUGGCGACAACUCUAAAUCCGAGUAGUUUCAAAAUGAAGGUUGAGAAACGCUAAGCUGACAAUCCGUGUAGAACAUUUUUUCAGAAACUUGUAGAUCACCAUAGUAAAUCAUAAUCUUUUUA